AUGUUGAAACCAUUCCUUCCAAUCCAUAGCAUUGCGAAAAAUGGGCCUAGGCGGCCUGGGCUGGUCUGGGCUGUGCUAGGUGGGUCUAGGCGGCGCUAUGCGGUUCUGGGUGCCAGGGGCUGGUCUAGGCGGCGCUGGGAGGGUUUGGGAGGCGCUAGGCGGGGCUGGUCUAGGCAGCGCUGGGAGGGUCUGGGCGGCACUAGGCAGAGCAGCAACAUGUACUAUUUCCCUUGCAGUGGAGUGUCCGGUAAAAGACAGCCUAUCCCUGAUCAGGUAGUGUUUAUGAAGUACGAGGAUAUGAAAAUGGACACAAUGCAGCAUGUGAAGAGGUUGGCUGAGUUCGUGGGGCAUCCUUUUUCGUUAGAGGAAGAGAGGCAAGGCGUUGUGCAAGAAAUUAUAAACUUGUGCAGUUCUCAGAAUUCGAGUAAUUUGGAGGUGAACAAAAGUGGGGCAUAUCAUGUCCAUAUCGCGUCCCAAACGGGGCAAACACCUUUGCUGGUGCACAACAGUGCCUUCUUCAGACGAGGAGAGGUCGGAGACUCCAAGAACCAUCUGACAGUUGAGAUGCUUGAGCAGAUCUUGACAAAAUCACAGAGGAAAAGUUGGGUUCUUUUGGUUUGA